UUAAGAUGCAGUACUCCCAAACAAUGCACACGCGAAAAUAAAAUGGAGUGCCCACAAAUUGAUUUAUAUGAAUUCCUCACCGAGUCCGAACUGCAGCAAUAUUACAAUGCCAUCAAAAACGAAUUAAAAAUAACAAAUGCAGCACAAUUCAAAUAUGCAGCGGAUGAGGAUUUACGUUUCAUUGGCCUGUCGCGGCCGGAAAUCCGAAGACUGCGUAAAUUCUAUGAAAAGCAUUUCCCCCACAGUUACCUCAGCAAAAUUAAGCGUCUGCUCCAAACGCCGGCGACAAUUGUGAAGCGCGAGGAUGGCGCUGCCAGUGGACAGGCAACAAAUGAGAGCGGCGCCGCAGCUGCAACCGCAACAGCGACGCGGAACGGGGCUAGUUCACCGGGCAGCAAGGUGCCCAACAACAAGCACAUCAUACCAGCUGAUUCGAUUAGCGUUAACAAGCAGCUGGGCAUCGGGGAGUUCGGCAUUGUGCAGCAGGGCGUCUGGACGAAUGGCAGCGAACGGAUUCAAGUGGCCAUCAAGUGCUUGUGCCGCGAGCGCAUGCAAUCGAAUCCCAUGGAAUUUCUCAAGGAGGCAGCCAUAAUGCAUUCAAUUGAGCACGAGAACAUUGUGCGACUGUAUGGCGUUGUGCUUGCUACCGAUUCGCUGAUGCUCGUCACGGAGCUGGCGCAUCUACGUUCCUUACUCGAGUGCCUUAAGGAUUCCGGUUUGCGUGUCAGCUUCCUAACGAUACCCACCCUCUGCGAGUUUGCGCUGCAGAUCUGCAAUGGCAUGCGCUAUCUGGAACAGAAGCGACUCAUCCACAGAGAUUUGGCUGCACGCAACAUACUCGUGUUCAGCAAGGACAAGGUGAAAAUCUCGGACUUUGGGCUAUCGCGUGCACUCGGCGUGGGCAAGGACUACUACAAGACGAAUUUCAAUGUGAAUCUAAAGCUACCGAUCGCUUGGUGUGCACCGGAAUGCAUCAACUAUUUGCGCUUCACGAACGCCUCCGAUGUGUGGGCCUUUGGUGUCUGCCUCUGGGAGAUGUUCUCGUAUGGAUUUCAGCCAUGGGCUGCACUGACCGGCCUCCAGAUACUAGAGGCCAUCGAUGCGCCCAAUUAUCAGCGCCUCGAGCAGCCGGACUGCUGUCCGCGUGAGUAUUACACGCUGAUGAUGAAGUGCUGGCAGGAUGAUGCGGCUAAGCGACCCAAGUUUAGCGAAAUCUACGAACAGCUGCCCGACAUGAAGCCCGAGCAGCUCAAGGCCGUUGUUAACUGUGUCGAGCCGAAGAAGGAUCAUCUGUUAUAUCGCCAGGGCGACAUUAUCAGCGUGCUCGAUCGCAAUACGGGCACGCCCUUCUGGAAGGGUGUCCUCAGCACCGGCAAGACGGGCUACUUCAAUCCCUCGAAUACUGUAGCAUUUCUCGAGGGUUUACCCUGUGCCUCCAAUCGUGAUUCCUUCAGUCGAGUUGGGGAUCAUCGCAUUAGCAAGCGUAAACUGCGCACCGAAAUGAUUUCAAAGCCACAAAAUGAUUUUAAGCACACCGGACAUGUCGGCAUCGAUGGCGCCACCUUUGGCGACAUUGCCUUCCUCGGAAGUUCCCAGAAUUAUAAUCAUGUACCCAAGCAGAUUGUGACGCCCUACAAGCCGUCGGAGGACAUUGAGCAGACGCCGCUGCUGCUGCCACCGACACCGACCAGUCCCGAUUCGCUGCAAACGGCGAGCGGCUACUUUCCGGAGGGUGCUGGCACCUCGAUGAAUCCCACGUUUAUUCCCUCCACGGAGCACACGCCCAAACUGAUACCGAGCAAUGGGCACAGCUCUUUUGAUUUUGCCGGCUCCACAAAUCCCUUUGCCACGCACAAAUUGGACGAGGAGCAGCUGGCCUAUGCGCUGCAGAACAACAACUACGGCGCCGAUGGUAAGAGCAUCCAUUCCGAGCCCAAUUGGCGUGCCAGUUCGCGCAAUACGACCGACGAUCCGCACGAAUAUCACGAGAUAUCCGAUGAUGAGAUCACUGGCGACAAGUUGGACUUUGGUCCGUCACUGCUCGAUGAGAUUAACUCGAUGUUCGGCUCAAUUAGUGGCGCCUCUGGCAGCCAGCCAAAGUCGCCCGAUUUUGAUCAUGUGAACACGAAAAACGAAUUUGCCGAGAUGUCAGCCAAGUUCGCACACAAAACGGCCGGCGACAGCAAUGGCAACAAGCAGCACGGCCAUGGACUGAUGUCCAAGAAGAAGGCGGCAACGGGGACAGUGAAGGCCAUUUCGGUCAAGGAUGAAAAAAUACUGAAUCAUGCCAUCGAAAUGGCCAAUGAGAUUAGCGCCAGAUCGAUGAUUAAUUUGGUCUCGGAUCAUCCGCCGGCGACGCACAGUCCCAAGCGCAAGUUCAGCUUCCGUUUUCCGCAUCUGAGCAGCGGCGGCGACAAGUCGAACAGUGGCUUGGGAGGCGCUGCUGGCAGCUCUGCGCAUACGCCCACUCACGGCACUGGCUCGCCCUUCUCCACGAAGAAGAACUUUACGGAGGAACUGCAGAGCAUACCCGAUAUACAGACGCUGAUUGGCGAAGAGGGUCGCGAGGCGUACAACAGUCUGAUCGAGCGCAAGGGCAUGCUGGACAUCGGUCCCAGUCCGGCAGCGACACUACUGCGCCACAUGGACACCGACGAGUUCGAGCUGAUGAACGCCAAGACGCUGCCGCGUCGCCUGGGCAGUCAGCUGAUGAGUCAUCAGGGCGUGGGGGCCGGGCAUUCGAGCCUCGAGCCUGUGGCAUCCUCGAGUUGUGUCACCGCUGCCGGGUCGGAGAAUGUGCGUCCCUUGCAGCAAUUGCAGCCGCCGCGGCCUAUGACGCUGCCGACACGUGGCGCUGCUGCACAGCGUGUGCGGCGAGCGGAACAGACGAGCGCGGAGAGACAGAACGAUGAGAACCGCAACUCGCUGGGUCCCAACGAAUCCUGCGAGAGUCCCAGCUACAUGACACACGCCAGCUACAAGUUCCCCGAGCCGCCACAGGAGGCGAAUCCCCUGCCGCUGCCAUCGCGCGAGGGCAAGAAGCAGGUGAAGACUAGCGCCAAACGGCACGUCCGCAAAUAUCCGCUCAUCAUACCGGCCAACGGAUUGCAGCGCACUCUCAGCAAACUGACUGAUUGCGGCGAAGAGGCGGGCAACAGAGGCGGCGACGCCUCGCCACAACAGCAGCACCAGCUGCAGAAGAAGCAGUCGUCGGCACGUUCCAUUGAGGUGGUGGCAGCCGUGCGUUCGAGCAGCGUGCGCCGUCGCUGCUCCGAGGCCAGGGAAUAUGAGAAUAUGCCCGCUGUGACGGGCGGAGCAACGGCGCAUACGUACCAGAACCUGGACAAACUGAUGCCGGCGGAUGCAGCCGGGCUGACGGAUAGCGCCUCGCUGCAGUUCGAGUCCAUACUAGAGGCGGACAUGGGCAAGGAGGGUGUGCUGCAGUCGCCGGACGUGACCGAUGGCUUCUAUAAUUUCUCCAUACAGAAGGAGCACUAUAACAAAAGCAAGGAUGUCGGCUUCGAGCCAGCCCAAAUUUCGGGUCUCUAUGUAAACGACGAUGAGUUACGCAAUUUGGACAAACCACUGGCAAGCGGCAGCAGCUCAACGACACUGGACUCCGUGGCCGUUCCGCAGGAGAUGGCGCCAACAGCUGCCUUAGCAGCAGCGGCAGCUGCAGCUGCGGCAACAGUUGCAGCUGCAGCAGAAGAGCCUCAGGAGAGCAGCGGCCGCCGAUUGGCUAUCGCAGACAAUGAGCUGGCGGCCAAUGCGCUCUUCAAGAAGGUGCGCGCCUCCGUCAACUUGGCCAUGAAUCGCAACUCAAUCAACGGCAACGAUGCCAGCACCGUCACAGGCCAUCUAACAUCUUCGCCUGAGCCCAAGGCUCAAACGGAGGCGGAAUAUUUUGCAGCGACAGCGGCUCGCCUGGCCGAUUCCAAUUCCGUGAGCUGUGAGGAUUUGCUUGAAUUCUCCGACAAGAAGCCGCGCGGGUGUGAACGCGGCGUCGACUCGGAUGAAGUGCGUAUCAUGGUCAAAGUGCUUGGCAAGGAUAGCACGCCAACACGUUGUCUGGGCGCCUUGGAGUUCAUCAACUGGGAUGUGCACAAGUCCAUCAAGCUGAUCAAGCUGCAGAAUAUACUCGCCGAUGCGAAUCUCAGCCUGUCUGCCGCGUACGAGGCGCUGCAGCAACAGGAAUGGGAUUUGCAUACAACAGCCGUCAAGCUGAAGGGGGUCAAGCUCUAAGGCAUGCGCAGCUGCUCACAUAUAUAUAUAUUUAUUUAUAUAUACACAUACAUACAUAGAUAUAUACGUAUAUAUCCUAUACGCAAACCAUGUGCCUGUUUAAAACAACCUGCUUUGGGCCUUAUCGUAUGUUUCUAAUUGUAUCUUAUAAGCAUUUCAAGUUCGCUUCGGAUAUUUUGUAUCCUACAGUAUAUUAAAUUAUACCAUAGCUUAUAAGACAUUUUUAUAUUGAACUCUUCACUCAAUCACUGCUCAAAAAAUGUUUCUAAUGUAGCAAUUCAUACUCUUUGCCUAUUGUAUGAAGGAAUCUCAGCAUGUACUUAUCUAAUAAUGCAAUGUUUCUAGUUUUUAAUUGUAUUACGUAAUUCUAUAUCGCCAGUUUCACAGGAUCAUAUAAUAACAUUCACAAAAUAAAUACAUCUUACAACAACAAA